AUGAAAAACACCGUUGAUGAUGGCUUGGAAUAUCUUAAAAAGGAGCUUCUUUCUGAUAUGGUUGUAGAGACCAAGGAGGAGCUGCAGCAUAAAAGAGUGCUUCUGGUUCUGGAAGGAGUUGAUAGUGAAGAGCAUUUGGAGUUGCUAGCGGGAAUGGGAAUAGUUGAUUGGUUUGGUCCUGGUAGUAGGAUCAUCAUAACAACAGAAAACAAAGAUCUCUUUCAGAAUUAUUCUCCUGUAAUGAAUGGUGUUGAGCUUGAGACACAUUGCAUUCGUGAAGGUGAAAUCGUUGGCAGCGAUGGGAUAGUGAAGGAAAAGCAUGUAGUGGGAUUUGUAAAAGAUUUCAUAGAUGUAAUUAAUCAAUUGAGGGAAGAAGAUUCAAAGAGGAGGAAUGUUGUUUCCAUUGUUGGUAUGGGUGGGUCAGGAAAGACUACUCUUGCCCAAAAGAUCUAUGGUAGCAAAGUGGUGAGGGAGGUAUUCCCUUUGCGUGCAUGGGCAACUGUUUCCAAAGAUUACAGAGAAAAGGAAGUUUUCUCGAGCCUUUUUCGUUGUCUGAUGCCAUCUAAGCCUAUACCUGAAAACGAAGAAGAGUUGAAGUCCGAGGUAAGAAAAUGUUUGAAUGAGAAAAGGAGAAAGUACUUGGUAGUACUCGAUGAUGUGUGGGACAUUCAAGUGUGGGACAAGCUGAAGGAUUAUGUUCUCCCAAAUAAGAACAAUGGGAGCAGGGUAUUGGUGACUACACGAAAUGAUCAGGUGGCAAACUAUGCAAGGUCAAAGGAGCCCCACCACAAACUUCUCCUCUUGAAUGAAGAAGAAAGUUGGGAAUUGAUUUACAACGAGGUGUUUGGUGGAGAAGAGUGUCCUCCUGAUUUAGAGCCUAUUGCUAAAUCAAUUGCUGAAGGUUGCAAGGGUUUACCAUUGGCUAUCAAAACUACAGCCGGGAUUGUAGCAAAGAGGGAGAGAUCAGAGGAUGAAUGGAAAAAAAUCAAGAAUCUGCUCCCUCAUUGGUGUGUUGCUGAAGACAAGGAAGGUAAGAAGAUGAUGGAGAUAUUGAAGCUUAGCUAUGAUGAUCUGUCUGAGAAAAUGAAGCCAUGCUUCUUAUAUCUUGGGGUGUUUCCUGAAGAUGUAGAGAUUCGGGUGAGAGACUUAAUCGAAGUAUGGAUAGCAGAAAGGUUGAUAGAGCCAAUCCAGAGUGGAAGAUCAAAAGUAGCACCAGAACCUGAAGAUAUUGGUGAGCAAUACUUGAAGGAACUAGUGGAUCGUAACUUGGUACAAGUGGCCAGUAGGAGGAGUGACGGGAAAGGCGUCAAAACUUGUAAGAUCCACGAUCUUAUUCGGGAAUUGUGUAUUUCAGAGAGUAACAGCCCUCAUAACGGUAACAAUAAUGCUCGUAGGUUGUCCUUUCCAAGGGAUAUAGGAUCCUAUGCAUGUUCAGUAACAUGUCAUCAAUCAUGCACUUAUUCCUUGUUCAUUUAUGGAGAUGUCAAGGGGUGGUCACAUCAUAUUCCACAAGACUGUCGAGUUAAUGUGCUAUAUUUUGAAGGAUGGAUUGAUGAUCUAAGUCAUCUAACUGAUGAAAAGAAUGUUGAGAAUUUGAAGGAGUUGAAAAGUGUCAAGUUCUUGAAAAUAGAUAUUUUUUACCCAAAUGAGCUAAGACUUCAGAGCAGACCAUGGAGUGAGGCUAUUGACAAGAUUGUUGAAAGGGUCACAAAAAGACUUCCUCCCUUGCCUCUGCAUAUUGAUCGUCCCCUUGGAUGUGAUUCUGAACUUAAACUGGCGGAAUUACUUUUAGAGAUUGGUUCUCAUGCUCCUUGUUUGAUGCUGGGAAUUCAUGGAGAUGGUGAUGAAAUAAGCAAAUUUGUUGCGGAGUUGUAUAACAAGAUUAGGCCUCACUUUGUAAUUGCAAGUUUUCUUUCUAAUAUCAGUGAGAAAACAAAUGAAAGUGGUGGUGGCCUAGAACAUCUACAAGAAACUCUUCUUUCUGAGAUGGGAGAGGUGGUCAAGACUAAGAUCGGAAGCACAUUCAAAGGAUCCUCUGAAAUUAAACGAAGACUGGGCCAAAAAAGAGUUCUUCUAGUUUUGGAUGAUGUUGACAGUAUACAACAACUGAAUUCACUAGCGGGAGGAACUGAUUGGUUUGGUCCCGGUAGUAGGAUCAUCAUAACAACAAGAUAUGAACAUGUGCUAGAUGAUCAUAUGUCAAAUAAUGGUGUUGAGGUUAAGAAAUAUUACUUCACCGAAGGAAGUAGUUCUACUAGGAAGGAAGAAAAUAUAGUGGGAUUGGAGAAAGAUUUUGAAGUUGUGAUUAAUCAACUCAAGGAAGCAAACUCUCCUGGUAAUGUUGUUUCCAUUGUUGGCAUGGGUGGGUUAGGAAAGACUACUCUUGCUCGAAAGAUUUUUGAUAGCAAUGAGGUGAAGAAGCUAUUCUCUUGUCGAGCAUGGGCAACUGUUUCCAGAGAUUUCAGAGGAAAGGAAGUUUUUAGAAGCCUUCUCAACUUAACAUCCAAAUCUAAACAUAAAGAUUCAAGUAGUGAAGAGGAGCUAAAGGAGAAGGUGAGGAAAUAUUUGAAUGGAAAAAAGUACUUGGUAGUCCUUGACGAUGUUUGGGACACUAACAACGCAUGGGGUGCUCUAAAGGGUUGUUUCCCUAAAAACAACAAUGGAAGCAUGAUACUACUAACUACCCGCGACGAUCGGGUGGCCAACGUUUCAGAGUCAAAGAAGCCUCAUCACAGGCUUUCCUUUUUGGAUAAAAAAGAAAGUUGGAAACUGUUUUGCAAUGAGGUAUUCUGCAGCAAAAAGUGUCCUCGGGAUCUACAACGUAUUGGUAGAUCAAUUGCCCAAAGUUGCAAUGGUUUUCCAUUGGCUAUCAAAACCAUAGCGGGGAUUGUAGCGAAGAGGGAGAGAUCAGAAGAUGCAUGGGAAGAAAUCAAGAGCCUGCUCCCUUACUGGUCUGUUGCUGAAGACAAGGAAGGUAAGAAGAUGAUGGAGAUAUUGAAGCUUAGCUACGAUGAUCUGUCUGAGAAAAUGAAGCCAUGCUUCCUAUAUCUUGGGGUGUUUCCUGAAGAUAUAGAGAUUCGGGUGAGAGAUUUAAUCGAAGUAUGGAUAGCAGAAAGGUUGAUAGAGCCAAUCCAGAGUGGAAGAUCAAAAGUAGCACCAGAACCUGAAGAUAUUGGUGAGCAAUACUUGAAGGAACUAGUGGAUCGUAACUUGGUACAAGUGGCCAGUAGGAGGAGUGACGGGAAAGGCGUCAAAACUUGUAAGAUCCAUGAUCUCAUUCGGGAAUUGUGUAUUUCAGAGAGUAACAGUAACAAUGCUCGUAGGUUGUCAUUUCCAAGGGAUAUAGGAUCCUAUGCAUGUUCAGUAACAUGUCAUCAAUCAUGCACUUAUUCCUUGUUCAUUUAUGGAGAUGCCAAGGGAUGGUCACAUCAUAUUCCAGAAGACUAUCGAGUUAAUGUGCUAUAUUUUGAAGGAUGGAUUGAUGAUCUAACUAAUGAAAAGAAUGUUGAGAAUUUGAAGGAGUUGAAAAGUUUCAAGUUCUUGAAAAUAGAUAUUUUUUACCCAAAUGGGGUAAGUAAGCUUCAGAGCAUACAAACAUUACAUAUAAUGAACGAUGGAACUCCCAAGGACCUAAGUAUUGGGGGGUUAAAGCAACUCAGACAUUUUCGAAGAGAAUGUGAAGUGUGUUUAUUAGUAGAUGAAGAUGGGGUAAAAAACAAAAUGCAGAAUCUCCAAACCCUACUUUAUGUGCAUGUUGAUUCACAACUAGGGUCCUUACUCGACAAUGGCUACUUUCCCAACUUAAGAACACUGGGUUUAUGUGUAACUGAAGAAGGAAGACAUUCAGCAGAAAAAACUUUUAGUAGUUUACACUGCCUAAGCAAUCUACAGAAACUCAAACUGGAGCUCCCGGUCUCUGAACCGUUUCCAAUUCCAGUUGAUAAAAUUGCAUUUCCGUCAAAUCUUAGCAAGCUUACCAUAUCAUUUUUUGAUGGUUUGAAGUCCGAAGACAUGAAUGCAUUGGGACGAAUUCCCGGCCUUAAGAUUUUAAAAUUCCAUGAUGUACGUUGUAUCGAAAAAAUCCUUAAUUGUGGUACUGAUAGGAGCUUUCUGCAGCUUCAAGUGUUUAUCAUGAUAUCUGUGUGUGUCAAAUGUCUUACCUUAGAAGAUGGUGCCAUGCCUUGCCUUCGACGUGCGGUCUUCCAUGGCUGCCCUGGCUUGGAGUUGAAGGACCUUCCUGAACAAAUGCGUUCCUUGGGUUGUAACUUGCAUUUUACGCCACAUGACGACGAGGAUUUUGAAGAAGAUGAUGAUGAGGAUGAUGAUGAUUUUGAUGAUUGA